CGAAGGAAAACUUCUCUAGGUAGUAACAGGGGUCGACGACGACGACAAACUUUGGUGAUUUGAUGAUGCUUGGCACCAUCGUUUUGGCUACAGGACAUCAGGUGGUACCUUUGUGAUACUGUCUGGUCUGUGUGGCUUCUAUGGGCUUUGUAUAUUCUCGUCGCUAACGAGCUCUAUCUUGUGCUCAUGCUUUUUUUUACUUUCCUAUACUUUUUUUUUACCAGAGGAACGCUUGCUUAGCUCCGCGAGAUCUUUUCUAACCGCUUCCAAAUGCAAAGAUUUGCUCGCAGGGCCAGAGAUCAAGCAGAGAUUACGAGCACCCAAAGUGAAAAGUACGAGAGAUUCUCGGCUGCCGUCCAUAUCAACACUCUACAACGCCUCCUGCCAAAAUGCUUAUAUCUGGCGCUCGCUACAGAAUCUCAACAGCCUCGAUCGUACUCCACUCCCCUCGCGGCUUGCAGACACAUUUAUUUUGGGCCAAUGAGCGGCUCUGCGCUUUUAUCCCGUGGAGAUAAGGCUCUCUCUCUCUCUUUCUCCCGCAAAACGAUCCAAUCAAUCCAGCAUUUGUGGCACACCAGGAAGGACCUGAGCACUGUGGCACUCGUUUUCACUUCCUGGGGUGGAAAUGCAAUGCAUCGGACAAGCCUGCUCGACCUGCCCGGCUCCACACACUCACACAAGGCACGACGACGCAAAGCCAGCGCUAAAACGCUCCUGGAAAGAAAAGUCUCUGCUCGAUCCAACGGAGAAGGCAAUGCAAAACGAUCAAACAAGGGAAUCCACUGGCAGCAACGCUAACGGAGAAGGCAAUGCGAGGCGAGCAAACGAGGGACAGCAACGAGGUGGAAAAGAAGACGCAAACACGCCAAGCAAGCAACAAAAACAAGACCAAGUUGACAAGCUUACUCCGCGCUCGUCCAAAUGCCAGUGGAAGUUUUGGGAGCUUCUAGCGGAGUGGCCAAUGAAUUUUUGGACGAAGGAAAAGAAGAAGACGAGACCAAUUCAACGAGAAGACCAUAAAACCCAGAACCUUUAGAAGGGAGACAAAACGAAAACGAAAACAAAGACAAAAAACGAAAGCAAAGAAGCGACGAGCGAGUUGUGAGUGAAUUGAUGGUGGUAAAAUAUUUCAAAGAUGCCCACAAGCGGCAUAUGCUUUCUAGCUUCCUCUUGGAAGAUCGAAACCCUCCCCUUUGCUUCUCCUGAGACCAAAGUUCUUCCAAAACAAAAAUAAGAAUUUGACGCUCUGCUAUGAUCGAUCCUUGAAGCUUGUGGCGUGGACCGGGAAUAGAUCCAAGAGCUCGGGCUCCCGCUGGAGAUGGUGGUGCUGGAACUGUUGGUGGUGCUGGAUCUCCUGGAGCUGCUGGUGGUGGUGCUCGUAGACAAACUGUUGAUUGGUGGCGGCGACGUGGUGGUGGUGGAGAUGGUGAGCGGCGGCCGCGGGGUGGUGGUGGAGGUGGUGAGGAUUUCCGAGCUGGAGAUGAGUCGCCACCACCGCUUGCGGCUGCUGCUGCUGGGUAUGGAGAAUCAUACCGUGGUGGUGGAAUGGGAAGCGCUCGAAAACGCCGCCACCGUUGGCCGCUGGCGACGCCACGAUCCCGUUUGGCUGGUGGUGGACCGGCGGCGGCGGGGGUGGCGGUGGCGGUGGAGACUUGAGAUCAUCGCUGCAAUGCAAGCUCCGAUCGAAGCUCUGGCGGAGGAGCUCGGUGGGCGUGAGCGGCGGCUGCAAGUGGUGGUGCAGCCGCUGGGGAUUGCUCGUCUCGAACGAGGCCUCGGAGGAGAGCGGCGUGACGGGGCUGGGGAGGAGCCCGCCGGCGGCGGCGGCGGCGGUGUGCAGCGCGUCGCUGUAGACGAGCUUGGGCGACACGUCGGACGUGCCGCGCGGCGAGCAGCCGGUGCGCUUGAAGGGCGACCCGCGGUUGAUAUCCAGGUUGCGCAGGUUGUUCUGCUUGCGCUCGUGCAACCGCGACAUGUGGCGCCGCAGCGGCAUGCCGCCGGCGGUACCGUGCGGUACCGCUCCCGCUCCCGCCGCCGACGUUGCUACCGCAUUGCCCGGCGGAUCCGCGGGCUGGGAAGCGAUUUGCUGCUGCUGCUGCUGCUGCUGUUGCUGCUGGUGUUGGUGGUGGUUUUUGGAUCCGCCGGAUUGCCUCGCGGGGACGGUGACGGGCAUCUUGUCCUGGGCAUCCUCCGCGGCGCCCGUGUGCUUCUGGACGACCUCGCGGAACGUGAGAACGUCCGCCUGGAUGAAAGUGGUGGCGGCGAGCUGCUGCUUGAUGGCCUCCGCCUCGGCAGCCACCGGCGAGGCGGGCUUCUUCGCGGGCUGACAGGUACCGCCACUGGCAGCGCCGCCACCGUUGGCGGUGCUGGGCUCGGCCUCCGCCACUGCGCCGCCGCCGCUACUCCGCGGGGGACUGCUGCUGCUGCUGCUGCUGCUCGCGCGGCUGCUGAGGCGGCUGGGCGGCGGGCUGUUGAGAUCCAGCGCGGCGGCGGAGGACGUGGUGGUGGUGGUGUUGGAGACGCCACCCAUUUUGAUCUCCUCCGCAUUCCACUGCCACCGAUUUCUCUUCCUUCGCUGCUCACCGGAGCAGCAUCACUGUCGCAAAGAAUUCAAGAUGGAGGAGAGGGGAGAGAUUUGCGGGCACGCAAUUCGACGACCAAGGAAAGGCAUGGGCCUGUCUCUGAUCUGCCGAGGGACCUGGCGGAAGCAGCAAUGCACCAAACAACAACAACGAGGAAGGGCAAGAACAGGGGAGAGAGCCUGGCGCUGGAUCCAGCGAGUCGUGUGGAGAAGUGGAGCCUCGUGUUUCUAGAGGCCGGUGUCCCUAGCAGAGGCGCGGUGGAAACGCAAGGGCGUGUGGGGGCGGUAUUUAUUCCCCGCGAUUCGAACCCGGCCCCAACGGAAGAAAGAUAA